CAUCUUCUGUCAGAUCAGACAGAUGAAUGAAGCCACAGAGCUCUGGCCGCUGGAGCGUGCAGCGAACGUGUAGAGAGGAUCUUGGACUGCUGCACCGUCCGUGCUUCAGUUGAAUGCGGAAUCGUUUUUUUCUUGCUCGUUGCCGUCUGUGGGUGUUCUGGGCGGAUGCGUGUUCUGCUUGCGGCCCUUCAUAUUGUUCUUGUCUGGGAGUUUGAGUGACGCUCCCUCGCAAUCUGGUUGCGGAAGUGAAGCGCUUUCGUUCGUUACCUGCCCAUCGGCAGGUGGCGUUUAGAUUUGUGGGACUACCAAUCGUCCGUGUCAACGUUACCAGAAUAGCGGACGCCGGACAGGAACCACCCGGCCGUUAUCGGCAGCAGGUGCUUCUCCCUGGCCUGAAGUCAGGUAUCCGUGUGGUGACACCACUGGUGAAGGGUAUUGUCACAAAUGGGGCUAGGGUCCAGCAAGGAUGAGAGCUCCGGCCUCCAGUCACAACCAGCUGACCAGAGUGAUCCAGCUCUAGGGUCCAGCGUUGAUGAGAGCUGCGACCGCCAGUCACAACCAGCGGACCAGAGUGAUCCAGCUCUAGGGUCCAGCGUUGAUGAGAGCUCCGACCGCCAGUCACAACCAGCUGACCAGAGUGAUCCAGCUCUAGGGUCCAGCGUUGAUGAGAGCUCCGACCGCCAGUCACAACCUGCUGACCAGAGGGAGCCAGCUCUCAGGUCUAACAAGGAUGAGAGCAUCGACCACCAGUCACAACCAGCUGACCAGAGGGAUCCAGCUCUAGGGUCUAGCAAGAAUGAGAGCUCCGACGACCAGUCACAACUAGCUGACCAGAGUGAUCCAGCUCUAGGGGCCAGCGUUGAUGAGAGCUCCGACCGCCAGUCACAACCAGCUGACCAGAGAGAGCCAGCUCUCAGGUCUAGCAAGGAUGAGAGCAUCGACCACCAGUCACAACCAGCUGACCAGAGGGAUCCAGCUCUGGGGUCCAGCAAGGAUGAGAGCUCCGACCGCCAGUCACAACCAGCUGAUCAGAGAGAGCCAGCUCUCUCUGAUGGUGCUGCAAUGAAAGCAGCGUCUGAAGAGGAGAGUAAGGACAAGUAUCGACCACCAGGUCUGGCUGAGUACAGUGAUCACUACUACUCAACCAAUGCACCUCAUCCAGACCUGGUGAGAGCAUGUGAAGAUGACGAUGUGGAACAAGUACGACACACCGUGAAUAUCGGCACUCCAACUGAACCAGUGACUAGACCGGAUCUCUCGGAACAAGUGCCGAAGUCAUACUUUCACGUUAGGAAGCAUGGUGAGAGAAUUCCCAUGACAAUCAUGGCUCUUCUGAUGCUGGCAGCAUGCUACUAUGGCAGCAUUCAUUGUGUCCAGUUGUUACUGUGGUGUGAUCCGUCGCUCCUGCACGGCAAAGUUAUGUUCAAUGUCGAUAAUGAGCCACGACAGCUCUGUCGCCCAGUAUCACUUCUACAUGUCUGCGCGGUCCGUGGACAUAAAGCACUGUGUGAGCUGCUGAUAAAAAAUGGUGUCGACGUUAAUGUCCAAGAUGAGAUUGGUGGGACACCACUCCACCUUGCAGCAUCCGGAGGUCAUGUGUCCGUACUAGAAUGUCUGUUGAAUGCUGGACAUCCGUUGGAAGCGAAAGAUUUGCUUGGUUGGACACCAUUACACCGUGCAGCUUUGGGUGGACAUGUUUCCGUAGCAGAAUAUCUACUUAAUUCUGGACAUUCGCUGGACCCAAAGGAUAAUUUUGGUAGCACACCAUUACAUUAUGCAGCAUAUAAUGGUCAUGUUUCCACAGUGGAAUAUCUUAUCACUUCUGGACAUUCGUUGGAACCAAGGAAUAAUGACGGUGACACACCAUUACAUGAUGCAGCACGGCGUGGUCAUGUUUCCACAGUGGAAUAUCUUAUCACUUCUGGACAUUCGUUGGAACCAAGGAAUAAUGAUGGUGAAACACCAUUACAUCAAGUAGCAUCCAAUGGUCAUGUUUCCACAGUGGAAUAUCUUCUCACUUCUGGACAUUCGUUGGAACCAAGGAAUAAAGCUCAAGAAACACCAUUGCACAAAGCCUGUGAAUACGGCAAGCCGGAGGUUAUAGAAUUUCUGCUUCGAACGGGUUCAGAUCUUCUUUCCUUGUCAAAUGACAACAGGACAUGUCUGGACAGUGCAGUAGCAAAUGGUUUCAGCUGUACGGCUCAGUGUGCGGCUAGACUAAGGGCAAUUAUCCGCUAUCUUGAGAGCAAGUACCCAGAGGAGCAGAAGAAGGUAAUGGAAAUUGUUCGACAUGCCGCUGGGAAGAAGACUGCUGACCCUCACAACCGUCGUUUUCUUCAGACUUACCUUCAGCUGGAGGAAUUUUAUUCCGAAGGCCAAGUGGACGCUAACACUCUAGUUGUUCUAGUUAGCGGGGAACAACUUGUUGGGAAGUCGACACUGAUCAAGACAUUGAGAGAAGAAGGAAACAACGGCACAUCAAACGACUCGAAACGAACCCGAGGCAUCCAGAUGUCCAACUUCACUGAUAAUCUUGGUCAGCAUUUGCGUAUCAAAGAUCUCGCUGGGCAGGACGCGUUUUCAGCGACACACGACAUUUUCUGCCUAUCCACAUCAGUACCAAGCCUCGGUCUUGCUGUUGUCAAUAGUAAAUGGGACGAGAAACUGAUUACAACAAGCAUAACCACCACAGUUGGUCGGUUUUUGAGCCGGAGGCCACCAUCGGUAACAUCAGACCAGCCGUUCACUGUCAUGAUCAUUGCGACCUUCCGCGACGAGAUCAAGAGAGAGGAUCAUGGAGAACUUGCUGCAAAGCUUGCCACAAGUUAUAGUAGUGUCAAGGGGGAGUUUGGUGAUAAACUCCACUUUCAAGGACCCUUUGCUAUCAAUGCCACCGUCAAUGACGCAAGCUUCGACCGCCUGAGAGAAAAACUUUCUGUGGUUUGCACAGAUAUCCUGAGCAAAUCUCGCAAGCAACCCAAAGUGCUUGGGCAGGCAGAGGAAAUAUUGGCACAACUGCAUGACAACAUCCAAGAGCCAUUCUCAACAAGUCGGGAGUUCUCUCGACAGCUUUGUGCUGCUAGCCACGUACAGUAUGAUGACGAUGAAGACAGCAUCAACACCGCACAAAUCCGUCGAUAUCGCAAGAUCCUCAAUGCGUAUGGUCUGAUUGUUUCUUUCUCAUCACCUGAGCUGGACGACAUCAUUGUUAACCGACCCAACUGGUUGCUCUCCAAGGUCAUUGGUCUGAUAUUUGCACCACCUGGGCUUGACGAUGAAGUUAUGCUCCACUUCAAAGAUGGUGUUGCAAAGGUCCAGGAAGUCCUUGACAAGCUUAACAGCUGCGAGGGAGCAGAAGGCCAAGGCCCUCUGCUGCUGCAGAUGGUAAUACAACUAGGUGUGUUGCUGCAGGAGAAAGAAAGGAUCCUGGCACCCAGCCGUCUUCCGACCGCUGACAACUGCCUCGGCCCACUGGCCAAGAAAGAUUCAUCACCUCGGUCGGCGUGCGUAGGAGUCUCUUUCACGACUCAGCACUGCUUCUCCACUGCUCUAGUUAUCAGGCUGCAGACAGAGCUGUACGCCUAUUUCCACGAGCUUCAUGGCAUUCCUGCUGAGCUCUGGAAGAAUCUGGUGGUAGUGACUCCAGUCCAUUCUACAGCCCGUGGUUGCAUCUCCGUCACGGACAGCCUGCGCCAAGCUGUCGCUGUUGUCCAUGCGCCCGUUGAAGAUACGCUAGAUGGCUAUUGUCUGCUGGCUCUGUUGCGCAAGGUGUUUGAUAGGCUUGCUGCACAGUAUAGCCCGGGCACUAAUUACUCCACGAGCAUCCUCAGCUCUGCUUCCAUUCGUCAGCACCUUCGCGAGCCAAGCGACAAGUUUGAUUUCGCUGUGUACGAUGCAGAGCAAGUCCGAGCGUCCGUAGCGACACAGGAUAUUCUCUCAACUACCUACAGUUACGAUGAUCAUGCCCCGCUUCUUCUCGAAUGGCCGGUCAACCAUGCUUCACUGCUCUCUGCAAAGUCCUUUGAGUCCGUCCGAGAAAGCCUUGGUGAGUCCGACCUGCCUGCACUAGCCACCUGCCUGGGCCUAACAUCAUCAUCUUCAUCACGUGGGCACAGUAAUCAUCUACACGCUGCAGCAGCAUUGGUCCACAGCUGGGCAGUUACCGACUACCAUCACACCUUGACCAAGCUCCACCAGCUGCUAGUGAAAUCACCGAACGCCAAGCGCUUUGCAAAGAUCUGCAAGGUGCUACGGCAGCAUGAAGAUCUGCUGGCCACCGAUUUCCCGGACAUAUUCCGGAAGCGUCGGGUGCAAGCCGUCCAGCCGGUCUCCGCCGGAGCUACUGCCACCGCUGUUCAAUCAGACUCGGCAGAGAGCAUUCCUUCUGGCAGCCAGUCACACUCUGAUCAAGCCAGUCAGUCCACUGCCGCUCGGCAAGAUGAUGCUGGCCAUGCUGAGCAUCACGCUGGUCAUGGAAGCUGUGGGAUUUUCCUAUCCACUUCACCACUCCAUGCCAUGUGGUCAACGGACGAACGCAUUGCAAACCUGUAUCAGGAGGAUGAAGCGGAGCUCUCUGAAGAAACAGACUCCGCGGAGAGCGUUCCUUCGACCAGCCAGUCACACUCUGAUCAAGCCAGUCAGUCCACUGCUGCUCGGCAAGAUGAUGCUGGCCAUGCUGAGCAUCACGCUGCUGAUGGCAGCUGUGGGAUUUUCCUAUCCACUUCACCACUCCAUGCCAUGUGGUCAACGGACGAACGCAUUGCAAACCUGUAUCAGGAGGAUGAAGCGGAGCUCUCUGAAGAAACAGAGACGUUCUUUAAGAACCCAUUCAAGCAUGCCAUCUUCAUUGAUGAUAUCCACAUCUGGCUGCAAUCACUAGGUGCUGCUUGCCUACGUGACAAAGCUCAGAGUCAUGGCUUCUUUACGGAUCUGGAUCAGGUCAGCAGGCUUAUGAUCACUGAGAAGUACCACGGUGGCAAAUCCCACAACUGUGAGCUGCUGGAUAUAAUCAUGGCACAGGAGCGUGAUGGCUACAUCAAGCUGUGCAAGAUCGUCAAGGGUUAUGGACAACUGUACACAACACGGCUUGAGCAGAUGAACAGUUUGCUGAAGGAGAGUGAUCGAGUCUAAUCAGGUUACAGGUGACUACACUCUCCAACCAGGUCAUCGUUGUCAUGGUCACUGACGCCAGAGUCGGAACAGUGUCUGAUGUUUUCCAUUAUCAAUUAGUAGUCAUGCUGGCUAGAAAUUGGCCAUUGUGGCAAUUUGUUGUUUACUCUUUCACUUGGAUAUUGUCCUGCAUGUUUGUACACCAAUCUUUCUCUUGUUUACCUCAGUAUUACAGAGAACUAUGGAUUUUGCGUUUAUGUUCACUGACACUUUCACUCGUCUUUUUCAAGUCUUUUUUUUAUGAAUGUAUGUGUUUGUGAGUGUAUGUAUAUGUUGAAUGUAUGUGUGUGUGUGUGUGUGUGUGUGUGUGUGUUUGUUUGUAUGUGCAUGUGCACUUAUUGCCGGCUACAAAAUUUGCCUAGCUAUUUUUGUAGCACAAUGUGCUUGUGUGUAAUGCCAUUUCACUUGCUCUUCUUCGUCAUCAAUGAUGUCCACGUGUGUGUUUGCCCUGAAGUUCCCGUUCGGCUUGCUUUUAGUACUACAACGUAACAGAACACACUGUCAUGAUUAUCUGCAUGUUGCACAGUCGGACUCGUUUUUAUCCAUCAUUUCUGAUCACAACGUGGCUUGUGCGUUUCACUGCGGCUUCACUUGCUAGUCUCCAUUAUUGCCUCAUGGAAAUAUGUAUGUGUGCGUGUGUGCAUUGCGAUGUCACUUGUUUUUUUACUUUUAUAUUUACAUGACACAAUUACAUGACACAAUUACAUGUAUAAUGUUUAUGAACUACAGCACUGUAGUGUUGCUUGUUAUUUUUCUCAUCACUAAAGCACAGAAUGUGCUUGUGUGACCCACAGUUUCUCUCUUUUUUACCCAUCAUUCCAGACCCCAGUGAGCUUUUUGUCAUUGUUAUUCCCUUGCCAGCCUACAUCACUACCGACCUGCAAUAUGAUUGCAUGGGUGUGUGUGCAGUGAUGUUUUCAUUUGUUUUCUGUGACAGUUACACAACAUGAUGUGUUUGUGUACACUGCUGUUUCGCUUGUAUCAUUUUUCUUAUCACUACAGCACAGAAUACGUGCGUGUGUGAACUGAUCAUUCACUUCAUUACUUUUAUCCAUGAUGUGAGAUCACACUGUGGUCUUUGUGCAGCUCAUCACUGUUUUCAUUGCUAUUUUCGUUGCUUUUUCACUGCCAGCUGUUUUCGUUGCUUUUUCACUGCCAGCUGUUUUCGUUGCUUUUUCACUGCCAGCUGUUUUCGUUGCUUUUUCACUGCCAGCUGUUUUCGUUACUUUUUCACUGCCAGCUGUUUUCAUUGCUGUUUUUGUUGCUUUUCGCCUCUAGUAUUCUACAUGGUUGGAGUCAGCAAUGUAUUUUCAUGCUCUUCUGUUUUCUGACUUUGUUUUUCUGUAUCAGUAAGGAACACCGUUUGUGGGAACUGCACUUUACUUUGCAUGCCUUCCUUUUUAAUUACAGCACAGAAUGUGUGUGUGUGUGUGUGUCUGCACUGAUCUUGCACUUGUUUUCCUUAUCAUUGCACUUAACAUGAUGCGUUUACACUUUACCAUGGUCUACACCAUGUACCACUGCUGCAAUUGCCUUGCCGGAUCAUUACGUCAUUACUUCAUUACGUCAUUACGGUACACAACUUGUUAGUGUACUGUGCACUG